AUGGAGCAUUCUCCAACGGACCUGAAACCGAUCUUGAUGAACAUGGCAAACUACUCAGUCUAUGUCGGUGGCAACUGUCACGGAAGUGGUCCAUGUGCCAAGCAGCACAAAAUCGCUAAGGUGUGGGUGAAUGACAAGUACAAGUACUGCUCUGCCUUCCAUGACACGGCUAUCGCUGAACUCGAAGAUGACGUCUCAAUCAAGGAGAUUGCACCAAUUUGCGUCCCUUAUAAAGACCUACCACUUGACAAAGCUUUGAAAGCAGCUGGUUUCAGAGGCAGUGGUAAGAACAUUUUUGCUAGAAAAAUGAACGAAGAGAAGAAUCCAACCCUUGGGCCAUGCGUGGGAUAG